GAAGUGUGACAAGGGUAAAAAUGCUGAGUGACCAGCAACAGCACAGAAUGUUUCAUCUUCCGAGUUGGCUCCAUGACGAGAGCGAGCUCUAGAAGUUUCUCUGCAUAUCAUUGACAGCAGCUGUUCCCGCCAAUUGACAGGAAGAGUAGAAAACGAAGUGGUAUACGUAUAAUGAGUCUGAGUGACAACUUCAUUGGUUGGGGCAUGAUUUACGUAACUAGGUAGGCGCUACGGGGGAACAAGUAGAAUCUGUCUAUCGAGGACGACUAGGAGUCGUGAUCAUGCUUGUGACACCAGGGUGCAGCUGCUGACGCCGUUCUUUCCUCCACGACACAUUGCUUGAACAGCUCGGAGACGAAUCACGUAUGUGAAGCGGGAUAAGUACACGUGUGGCCGACACCGACUCCCCGAAGGAAGUGCUGACGUCCGGAGUACUACUCCCUCGUCAAGAACAUCAGCGACAAUGAAGCCUGCCAACAACUGUUGCGGUUUUUUCACGCUGCUGUUCGGCGUGGAAAUUAUUUGUCUUUUACACCUGGUCGCCGCUAUAACGGUGGUAUGCCUCAUCAGCAGCACCGAGGUGAUUAGCAUCGGAGGAGUGAAAAUACCGCCCAUUACACAGGUCUGCGAUAUGAAGAUGAUCAUGUUGAUCAUGACGAAUAUGAUGAUGUUGCUGCAUACACUGACCGACGAGUAGCAGUAAGCUCUGUGUCUGUAAAUCUUCGUGAGAAAGAAAAAGUAGAAAUGGCACGAAACAAGGAAAUUGAAGACACGAAGCAAUUGAGUUGACUCGCAACUCCUUUAGAAGUACAUCGAACAUUGCACCAUCGCAGGUUCUCUACGGCGCAUGGUGUCUGAUCGCACUACCAAUCAUCAUCGCCGCGGGUAUCGGUGCGGUCUAUCGAGUGGAAUCCCAGCUACUAUCGCAACAAAAAAGUGUUACAGUUACACAUUGUGUUGCAGGAGCCGCAAGAGAGACAACCUUUGUCAUGCAGGAAAUACUUGCGAGCUCCGUUUCCUACGUAUUUUGUCCUUUAUGAUCCUUGCAUAACAAGUCUUCUCUGCCACACAGAGAAAAUCUGUGAUGCAGAAACUCCAACGCAUGUGUAACUGUAACACUUUUCUCUUGUGAUAGCUACGCCUCUAUCUCUACUACCUCAUUGCGCAGACGGCGUUCACCGCUUUCUACUUUGUCAUGAUGCUCUUCACCGGGGAUGUGUGCUCGGCCGCGGUCUCUGUGGUAUAGGAAAUGAUUGCUAGUUGAUGUUGUAGGUGGAGAUGAUCGUAGUCUAGUGUAGAGCAAGUUCUUGGUGAGCUCCUCCUGCUGUUGCCACCAGGAUGAGCUCGUUUCUUGAUGAUGUAGUUCAGGGCUAGCACAAGAACUAUCGCCAACAUGAUGUUUUUCGAGCAGUAGUAGUCUAACAGUUACGCACAUCAAGAAAAGUUGUUGUGUCAACGUAACACCACCAGGACCUGCAGCGCAUGGGUAGCAGCAUGGUGUGCGGAUUCACGGAUGCGUUCGCGGUAUUCUGGAUGCUGAUCAACCUGGGCAUUUUUCUCUACAUCAUAUUCAUCAUCUGGAGCGCCGCGGAUAUCGGACGAAAAAUGUUGUGCUUCACUCUGUACGAAAUUUGCAAAUGCAAGCUUUGGCAUCACAUCAAUUUUGUCUUUGUACUACGUGACAAAGAAAGUUUGCCAUGCGAGGUCCACGACCCCGCUAAGGAUAAAAAUCUGCAUGCGCAUGCCUCAGACUUCUGCCCUGGCUUCUCAAACGUGUAGCAAGACACACUUCUUUAUCUGCGUUGGGUCCCCUGUCGCGUCGCAAAUUUACAGUGUAGCAGUUUUUUCUUUCGAUAGCGGAGCACGUCAGCAUGUCCUUCUUCCCAGACUUUAUCCUAGAGAAAAAUGCUAGCAUAUCACAUUUACUGUUGUCAUGCAAAAAAACACACAAGGUGUUUACGAUGAAUAAGCAAAAUUCAUCAUCAAAUUGAUUUGCUCUCCUAGUACUCCUAGGCCGGUCCAUUAAUAGUUCUUCUGAUUGAAGUAGAACUGUUUGGGAUGAUCAGUUCGAUGUGGGAUAUGCUACUUUUUUUCUCCGGGAUAGACUUGGUCGCCUACAAGCAGCGGCUUCACUCCCAAGUGGGACAGCCCAUUGCCCAGCCCAUCACCGUGAAACCGCCCGCGCACCUGCAGGCGGACGUGCAACGCAGUCGCGACCAAGCGGCCUUACUCGCGCAGGCCGUCUCCACGGACGCCGCCCGGGUUUCGCAACAUAUGGAAAGUCUGAACCGGUAGUGGAUGCAGUAACGCGCAGCCGCAGGGACGAAAAUAACCAGGUCUACAACUUCAGACAGUAAAUGGGACGAGAUCCCGAUUCCGAGGGCCCCGAACGGGCGCAAGCGCAAGGAGGUAGGACGAGUUCGUGGUGAUUAUGAACAUGACGUUCAUCCUACGUUCUUGCACCAGCAGAGGUGAAUUACGAUAGGGAGGGGAAAAGCAGAAAAAGAGAACAGCUGUGGUCGUGGAAGCGAAGCAUGACUUCAAAGAAAGAGAGACAAUUCAAGGGGCCACGAAAGGAGCAUCUUCAACAUGGAUUUUUUUCGCAUGCACCAUCACGUCUGGGUUUGAGUUGUACGAUGCGUGGUCUACGUACUUUUUUUCCACUGACAAGGCUGCGACUCGUGCUGCCCUUUCGCUUCGCAGGCCAUGUGAAUGCUAGGCAAUGGAUGCACAACUCCAUGAGCAUCGCGAGCAGCGUAAUGAGCUUCAGUUUGACCUUCACAGGAACAGGGAUGCGAACUACAUGUGG